AUGACUGGCGGUACGAGCAAGAUACAUUUUACUAGGGCAGCAACAAAUUUCACAGCACCACAUCGCGGAAUACAGGACCUGUUUUGCCAACCGAAAGCGAAAAGAUACAUGUGCUCGAAAUAUCAAGCCACGCCGGCUGAUCCCUAA